UUGGUGCGUCCCCAACCGUUAUUUUUUAGAUUCAAAUUUUCAUAUUUGCAAGUGGAAGCCUUCAAAGUGACACCACCAAAACCGGACAACAAAUUCGACACAAGUGAAGUAUGUCCACGUGAUCAACAUGCUACAGACAUGGUACCAGUCAUUGUUGGUAGCUGCCUAGCUGGUCUCAUCGUGAUCACAAUGGUUACAUACCUGAUCUAUCGAUGCCAACUGCCAACCGAAGUGCUUCAACUCACCAACACCCCCUCAAACCCAUCGGACGCGGGAUCAACAGAUCAUUCCAACAUUACAAGCACGAACAACAAUAUUCGGUCGCACUCGAUCAAAGACUGA